GAUAGAUUCCAGUAUCCAGCCACCCACGUGGACUUAAUUUCCAUCCUGAUUGUAUGACUUCAUGCGAUAUAUGCAGUCCUAGAUCUAGUAUCUACAAUGAUCACAGCAAGAAAUAAACUCCAGCUCACAUUUGCAAUUCUAAAGCCAGACUUGAUGCAAAGACCAUUUGCUGCUAAGGUAGUACAGAACAUUAUAGUAAGAGAAGGAUUUUACAUAGUCAGAUCAACCCUAACACACUGGAAGGUGGAAGAUGCCCGUCAAUUCUAUGCCGAGCAUAAAGGAAAACUAUUCUUUCAUCGACUAGUGACCUACAUGACAAGUGGUCCUAUUAAUCCGCUUGUGCUAGCACAUCCUGAUGCAGUGUCGGCCUGGAGAACACUGAUGGGUCCAACAAAGUCGUAUGUUGCUUGUACAGCUGCUCCUUUGUCUAUUAGAGGGACUUUUGGCAUUUCAGACACAAGAAAUUCAGUUCACGGUGCAGAUUCUAUCAUUAGUGCUACAAGAGAGAUGGGGUUGCUUUUUCAAGAUUUUGAUCCUGUAGAGUGGUUUGCUAAUGAAGAAGCUGGUUUCAGGAGUGGUGUUAUGCAUUACAAUAAGCAAACUAACCAACACGAAUUACUUUAUGCCAGUAAAAUUAACCAGGGAAAAGGUUGACCCCGAAUAACCUGAAUAAUGUAUAAUACACAUGUUUCAGUUCACACUUACAAUUGAUUUUAUUUUCAUUCGUAGAA